GUGAUACUCUCGCACAGUUUAUACAACCUUCAAAAUGAGCGCACCGCAAUUGUGUUUACUUUGUGUAGUGCUCUGCAUCAGUUAUACUGCAGGUUCAGUGCAGAAUGUACCGGUUCGGAAUGUACCGGUCCGAAAUGAGCUCGAUAAAAAGAUCGAUUUAUUUGAAGGCGUCAGUGUCACAAUACCUGCAAAUGACACUAGAAGAAUAUUGUCCUUUGAAGUAGAUACUAACAGGAAUAAAGAUGAAGGAAGAGGAAAGAAAAACGGAUUGAUGGAGAGAAUAUUGCCACUAUUUAUCAUGCCAUUCCUACUUCAGUCAGCUAUCGUACCCUUGUUCUUGAGCAUGCUAAAGUUCAUGCUUUUUAAAUCCCUCAUGGUUGGCAAGCUGGCGUUAAUACUGAUCAUAAUAAAUGCGUUUAAAAAUCAUAAUGUCGUCAAAGGGAGGGACGCAGUAAUGGCCGAUGUCCACUAUGGCUACCAUGGAAACGGGAUGGAGGAAUACGGUGCUUACAUCAACUGAAAAUUUGCCAAAUUUCUUACGGAUUUUAUAAAAAAAGAUUACAAUUAUAACCACCAAAUUACCGCUAGUUAAAAUCAUUGUAGAUUUAUGAAUCCAACUUCUAUAAAGAAGUGGAAAUCUACU